AUGAUGGUGCUCCGCUACGUCUUGGCGUCGCUCUUGCUCCUGAGCGAUCCCUUGGUUCGCCUGUCCCAAUCCUGGGGGGUUGGCGACUUGAGUUUCCCUUCGUUUUUUGCUGGAAAUGAUACCUGUCCAGCGGGGGAGACCUGCGAGAAAACUGAGGGAGAAGGGGGAGUCCGAGGCGUGCCACCGCGCCCGGACGAAAAACCCCAACCAAAUGGAUGGCCGCUCUCGGUUGAGUGGUUGAUCCGAAUGAGUCUGAGGAUGAUCUCGGAUGCCGCGUCCACGAGCUUGCACUAUUGUGGCACCCUGUGUGCCUCAAUAGGCCUUGCAGCUCGAUGGACCUACUGGCUGGCUGUGGCCACUGUGGCCCUGUUCAUGUUGCAGCUCCUCGUUUGGACCUGCAACUGGGUGCUGAUCCCACUGUUCAGGCAUUGGGUUGCCUUUUGGAGGUACCUGAGAGGGCAGGGUCAGUGGUAUGAGCUUGCACAGAUCCACGGGGUGAGGGUCUUUAGGCCAAAAUGGUUUGGGCCACAAGGCCGAGAAGACUGGACAGCUGCCUACGUUCAGCAGGAAGUCCGCGGUCGGGGAGAUGGAAGGGAGCCGUUUGACCUCUUGGUAACAGAUGGCACUGCCAUUGCCAGGCUCCGCCACGGAACACUGCGAGGACGUACCAACAGGUUCGGCUUCAAGGCCGAAUGCGACUCGGUGCAUGCUUCCUCGCACCGGUACUACAGGAACCAACUCGAAGGCAUGGACUGCCGUGUUCAAUCUUUGCGCCCAAAGGCCAUGAACACUGACUUCGACCUCCAAGACGCCGCUGGGAAAGGACCUUUGGCCCGUUGUGCUACGGCCGCCUGGCUGUGUGGGUACUCUAGGGUAGGAGUCUGUGGAGGUAUCGGGAAAGCCGUUCGAAAGGGGCUGGCUUGCAUCUUCUGCUCGGGGUGUCUAUGCGGAAACCGGACUCGGGCCCCACCCGGAAGCGGAGCGUCAACGCCACGCCAUGAGAACUCUGAGACAGAAUCUGAAGCGGAAGACGAGACUUCGUGCCAGGCGGAAUCAGUGGCGUUUCUGGUGAACAGCAAGGCAACCUCUUUGUCCUUGGUCCCCUGCCAAGAUGCAGCCCGGGGCAAUAAAGUGAAGCUGUUACCUUCAGACGCAGAAGUGAGUAGCGCUGAAGACCUCAGGCACGAGGACGGGAAUUUUUACUUCAGUGGCUGUAAUCAUCAUCGGGCCUUGUACGAAGGGCAAGCGGCCAAGAGAACCUGUGUGUAUGAAGGCUGCGACAGAGAAGUCAAAGCAUCCAAAGCUGGGCUACGAUUGUGUAAGCUGCAUGGGGCCAAAGAAGAAAGAGACUAUCCUCCGAAAGCCCGGAAGGCCAUCGCGCUGGAUGAGACCGCCAAGGCCCUGCAGGCCAUAGCCAAAGCCGUAACCUCCAAGGACGAAGCAGCAAGCCACGACAAAGGAAAGCUGGCUUCGAUCGGCAAAACGGAAGAGAGGUUGGUGUUCUUGGUGAGAGGUUGUGACGCCCUCACGGUGUCCCUCGGGAAGGCCACGGUAGGCAAAGAAUUGUUUCACUCCCUGAGAGCAACCUCAACCCAAGGAAGACCCCAACUGAGGGCGAUGCAGUUCCCCGUCAACAUCAACAACAGGAUCGCCUACGGGUUGGCCUCGAUGAGAGUUGGUGGAAAGGACGCUAAGACCGUGCCUGAGUUUUGUCUCUCGGCGGCUGACUUCCCUCUCACUUCAGAGGAAGAGUUCGACAACUGGACGGGUUGUGUGGACCUCAAGUUCAAAAAACGUCCUAAACCACCGAUGACCCUCAAUGCCUGGUACCGGAAUGCCUUAAGGGAAGCAUGGGCAGUGUCAUGCGUGUAUGGCUCAGAACACUACUCAGCUUUCGAACAAGCCGCCACGUACCUAUUGAAGCUUGGGGAGGACCACGCUUAUAUGUGGCCAGCUCACGCCAUCUUCAGUGUGUGGGAAGAGCUCUGGUCCAGGUACAUCGAAGAAUUGAAGGACCUUGACAGAGAACUUCGAAGGGCGAUGAAGGAAGAGUCACCCACCUUCGAGAGGAUCCGUUUCUUCGUUGCCGCUCCAGGUUGCUUUGGACCACAGGCCCAAAGAGAAGAAGGGGGCCCGGUACUUGUGCUGGGACCACCUUUGUCAUCGAGGGUGCGCCAGACCCUCUUCUUGCCCCCAUUCACAUGGGACAGCGCCAAAGUGUUGCGCAGUCAACCGAAAUUCUCGGAAAGCCAAGUUGCGGAGCGGAUGGAAAGUAUCCGCAAAGCACAACAGGCCAAGAACCAGGAAAUGGUGAAUGAGGGCAAGAAGAUGAAGAAGGUAGGUGGUGAAGUUCCUCAAGACGAGCAAGGAACGGACUCAAAGGUUGGCGAAUGUCCCGUCAGCCAAGAAAUCAUUCCUACCCAAGAGGCGCCUCCUGAGGAAUUCACCAGUAUCCACCCAACCGACCAAGAGAUGGAAAUGGCAGAGUUGCUCGAAGGGCCCGACCCAACCUUCUUCGAAGACCACGACCGAGACAAACCCACCCGAGAGGUGCAGGUUACAGGAGAUAGCCUUUGCAAUGAGGCAAAGGAAAGGGGGGAGAAGAUGGGAGAGAUUGACCAGACCAAUCUGACGGAGGGGUUUGGCGAGCAACUUAUAACGUAUGUCAAGAACCAACUCCUCUUGCAGAAAGAAGAGAACCCAAAUCACAAUUUGGGACUAGAUGAUGUUCGCAGAGCUUUAGAGCAAGCGCGAGCUCGCGGUUGUCCUUCCCUCUCUGCAGCCGCCGAUGAGGCCCUGCAAGGAGCCAGUCUGAACCGAGCAGGAUACUCGCCCAAUGUCGGAUCCUGGAAGAAGGACCUUCUGUCACCAGAAAGCGGCGAUGUCGGACCAGAAGCUCGGCAGUGUCUCCUGCUCCACUGCUCUGCCGGAUACCUUUAUGAGAAUUAUGGAAAGGUCCCUUCUUGGGACGAAGUCCAAAAACAGACCAAUGAGAUGAGAAAGGAGCUUAUUGGCCAAGCGGCUGAGGCCGGUCGACGCCUUGGAGAGUGUCCAGACAUGAUGCCAAGAUCUGAAGCGGACUUGAGAGUCUUUGUGCACGACCUAUUGCAUUGGUCACACGAUAAGGACUACCGCACUUUGGCGUCUUUUCCUUCGAGUUUGUUACUUGAUCGGACCCUCCAUGUCAUUCGGAUGGCAUCUGAUGGAGACCUUUCCAGAGAGGUGAUCACUGGAGCUCUGUCCUCCGGUCAUGGGAGUCAACAAAUUCAUUUGCUGGUCCAUCACGGCCACAUGCGACUCCUGGUGCCCAAUAAGUUGGAAUGCAAACCGCCCAUUAUCCGAGAGGUCAUAGCUGCCGGGUGGGAGUGUCAUUUGGAGGCAGCGCAUGGUUCCGAGGCGUCGGUUCGCGCCCGGGACUAUUUGCUCUGCCCGCGAUGUGCCCAACCGGAAGAGGUCCCUCGCCGAUCAGGAAAUCGGCCGCCCUCGGUGUUAGGCCUUCACCUCUGUUCCGACGCAAGCGAGCGUAUCGGAGAGUGGAAGCCAGGAGUCCUGGAGUCCAAAGACCUCACGCAUGACACUUGGACUGAUGCGGAGCUUGCUGAGUGGCUGGGACCUCAGGCCGACGUCUUCAACCAAGCCUUGGACAAAGGGUUAGACUUCCUUGAAGUCUAUGCGGGAAAGGCUCGCGCUUCCCAUGCCGUACUGGCACACGGAGGACUUGCCCUUUACCUGGGACUUGACCACGGCCAGGACUUCCGCAAAGCUCAAGACCGCUCAGUGGGGCGGGCUUUAGUCCGCCGCCUUCGACCCCGCCACUUGUGGGGAGCCUUCCCUUGCACGCCCUUUUGUGCCUGGAUCCGCCUAGCGAUUCUGCGAAAUUGCGACAUGACCUUGCGCCUCAAAGAGGGCCGGAUGCAUUUGCGCUACAUCUUGGACCUGUGUGGCAUUCAAGUUGACGACGGCCGCGAGGCUCACCUGGAGAAUCCUCUCACCUCACUUGCAUGGAAGGAGCCGCUGGCCGUUGAGACCCUCGCUCGUCUGCAUCUCAAACCCACUCUGAUCCGCGCCACGCAUGCCGCCAUGCAAGUGCUGGCAGCUGUUGAAGCCUGCUACGGGUUUCAUCUGCACACCGCCUACCUCCGCACCUACCACAAUGUGGUGGCCGAUGCGCUCACUAGGAAAGACGCCGACGAGGUGAUCAGGGAGGUGCAGUUCAUCCGCUUGGGAGCCCUCGCUGAAGGCUACACCGCGGCACUGCUCGCGACUGGAAAGAACCCUUGGAACUGA